AAAGAACCAUCGAUUGUCACCGGCGUUAACGGUUCAUUUUCUAGUCUAAUUCAGUAACAAACAAGUAAAGAAAAUUAUCACAGAAGCAAAGAUGAAGUGGAAAAUCGCGCUGCUGACUGUAAGCCUUGCCCUCGUCAACGCGGAGCCGAAAAAGGAAUGCGAGAACGACAUGCGAUGUGCCGAAGACAAGUUGACCCGAGUUAUGGACAAACUAAAUAACGAAGAUACCAUUCGUAUUUACGGUGAUAUGAUCACAUUGGAAAAAAUACCAGUCGAAGAUUCUGAAGACAGUCAGGAUGAGACAGACCCACUUCUCAGCAGGGUAGACAGAUUCCUGCAAAGCCGCAAGAUUCAUCUUAGUUUUCCCAAUGACGGUUCGUCUGCUGAUCUAUUCGGAAGAGCUCUUGGGGAAAAAGACGUUCAAUUCAAACUCAGAAGCUUGACUCAAGGUGCUUCAGAGGGACGUUCGAAACUCAAGAAAAUCCUGAUCCCCGUUCUACUGGCUUUGAAAUUAAAGGCUAUGAUUGUUCUACCGAUCGUCAUCACCCUGAUCGGUCUUGUCGGCAUUAAGGGCUUGGGUACUGGACUCGCAGCUCUUCUCAUUUCUGGUGCUCUAGCCCUCAAAGCUCUCCUUACGCCUCCGCCACUACCCCCGCGGGUGAGCUAUGGUAUCAUAAAGCCACAUGAUAUACAUCACGAUCACUGGCACAGGUCCCAGGAAGAAGUAAACGAGCCCUACAGAGGCUGGGUACCCGAAUACGUCGAUCAGUUCCAGGGCUAUCAGGGUUACCAAGGUGUGCCUUGAACCUAACGUUUUUGCGUUACUUGAUUGUAGCUUCCAUCACUGUAGUUAAAAAAUUCAAUGCCACAAUUCGAUGUAAAACAUUCUAUUACUAUUGAUCAUCUUUUACAUUUAUAUUAUUUAUUUUCUAAGUUAUGAUAUAUUUAUUGAA